GGGACAAUUGACUCCCGUCAAAACUUAUGUUGUAUAUAGUGUUCUUGUGUUGCAUGGCAAUAUAGUAAUUAAAUACAUUGUACUUAAUAUCGUUUGACAGCUGACAGGAAAUAUUGAUCAUGGCCUACCCGAGCACAAUGUAUGGAGCAACUGAUUCUGAAACACAAGUGAAUCCAGAAGUGCAACAAUGGUUUGCUGCUGUUGAUAGAGACGGCAGUGGAAGAAUUACAGCUACAGAAUUAAAAGCUGCAUUGGCAAAUGGGCAAGGGGGUACAUUUUCAGAUACUGCUUGCAGACUUAUGAUAGGAAUGUUUGAUAAGGAAAAAAGUGGUACAAUAGAUCUGCAUGAAUUUCAAGCUCUUUAUAACUACAUUAAUGCAUGGUUAAAUGUUUUUCGUGGCUUUGAUCGUGAUAAUUCUGGAAGUAUACAAGAAAAUGAAUUAAGUGCAGCAUUAACACGAAUGGGAUAUAGAUUAAGCCCAGAAUUCAUAUCAUUUCUUAUAAAAAAAAGUGAUCCUAAUGGCCAUUCUUACAUUACUAUUGAUCAGUUUAUUGUAUUAUGUGUUCAAAUUCAGAGAUUUACAGUGAGCCUUUGAACAAUGAAUCAAAGCUCAGGAAUUAUAAUACAACAGCAUUACAUGCUAAACAGGCACAUGAAAGAAUUCAAGAAUUCAAUCGAUUGAAAAAGGCAAGACAACUUCUUGAUGCUAUCUUUCUUACAAAUGAAUUACUUGCAGAUGCUUCAGAUGUAGAAAUAUUGAGUCUUGCUACCACAAUAAUAAAAAGAUUUAAAGUUUUAGGAGUAUGUAAUAUAACAUCAGAAAAUUCUAGUGAAGAUACAAGGAUGUCUAUGUUCAAACCUCCUCAUACUGGCAUUUAUCAUUGUUGUACUUUCUGUUCAAGUGGUGGUAAGAAAGAAGCUAUUUGUGGAUGUAGAGGAUUUAUGCCUGGUGGAUAUAAAGGUUGUGGACAUGGUCAUGUUGGACAUCCUGGAGUACAUCAUUGGUCUUGCUGUGGAUCAAUUUUACGUUAUGGAUGUUGCCUGUCCUCUCAAAAGAAUGUAUAUCAAUUAUUCUCCAACAGCAUUUUCACUCGCAUGACCUCUGUGCUGGUUACUCCACAUACAUUCUUUACAAGUUACCUAAAAAAUAUCUAACAUGUUUAAAAAAUGCAAUUCAGUAAAUAAAAAAUUAUAUAAGUAAAACAAUAAAUUAUGAACCUGUUGGCAAGCAAUACAAUAAAAACGCAAAGCAUGUGUAG